CCUCAACCUGCAGAAGAUCGCCGUAAUUGGUCGCUGCUGCUGGGACUGAGCGACUGCGCUCCGGCGUGCGGGUUGGCGCAUCCUCUCGCGUCCGGUGGGAAGAUGCGCAAGACCUCUGCGUGAAAAGUGGGAGGGAAAAGUCGGCUGUCCCGGAGAGCGCUCAAGUGAAUCAGGGUCCAGAGCUGGAGACAUAGCGCAGCGCAGCGCACCGACACCUGCAGUAGGGAUGUAUAACGGGGAUUCCCACUCUGCAAACUGAAUCAACCUCUGAUCCAACCAUAGUCCUCAGUGCUGUCGGGGCGGGAAAGGAGAGACAGAGCAUGGUCUGGGGUGGCGGCCACUGUUGCUAUGUGUGAAGGAGUGCCAAGGCGCCAAUGGAGACCGAAGGCUAUCGUGACCUCCUGGAGACCAGUGACGGCCAGGGGGUAGGCCUGCUGGAUGGCGGCGGCGAGGUGGGUGUGGAGGAGGGCUGGAGCUCGCCCUACCCUCUGGGCUUCCAGGUGUCUUUGACCACUGUGCUGAUGCUGGAGCUGGUGCUGGGCUUCAGCAGCAACCUGACAGUGCUUGUGCUCUACUGCGCUCAGUCAAACCUGGUGGAUUCAGUCAGCAACCUGGUCACGGUCAACCUCCAUGUGCUGGACAUACUGGUCUGUGUGCUGUGUCUGCCGCUCACUGUGGCUGUGAUCCUGCUGCCUGCUAACGACAGUGGAGUCGGCAGCCUGGCCACGCUGUGCUGCUUUCAUGAGGCCUGUGUCACGUUCACCAGCGUGGCGACAGCGGUCAAUGUGUUGGUGAUCAGUCUGGACCGAUAUGACAUCUCUGUGCGUCCGGCGAGUCGUCUGCUGACCCCCAGGCGUGCUGCGCUGCUCCUGGCAGCAGUAUGGGUUGUAUCUCUGGCUGUCUUCUUCCUGCCCUUCCUUGAGGGGGACUUCUUCUCUUCAACGGUAGAGGAUGGCGAGGAUGAGGAGCCAGAAAGGCAGAAUAAUGAGUCUGAAUUCACCACUGGACUGACUACCAUUUUUUCCUCCCCCUCUCCCUCCGUAUUACCCUCCACUCACCCAUCCUCCGCUUCACACCACCUGUCACCAGUAUGGCAGAACAGGACACUGCUGUGUGUCGGAGGGCAGGGGUAUUACACAGGCCUGGCAAUGUAUUACCACUUGUUACUCCAAGUGCCCUGCUUCUUCAUCGCUGUGAUCGUCAUGUUGUUCACCUACUCCAAGAUCCUACAGGCCCUCAACAUCCGCAUUGGCUCCCACAUUAUGAGGGGUUCACGUUCAAAGGACUCCACCUGCAGGAUACGUUGCAGAAGGCAAAAGAAGAAGGACCUGAGCCUGCCCACAGAGGUAGUGUCCUCCAACCAGAACCAGAACCUUAGCCAUCCUCCUCUCAUCCCCUCUCCCACACCUACACCAACAUCCCCCCCGCCGCUCUCCUCCAUGCCCCAAGGGAUGUCUGACAGCGGAGCAACAGUCACCACAGUCAGCACUGCUGCCACCACCCCCAUCGCAACCACACCGGCUACCCCUGCUUCUCCCAUUCCAGCUUCAGCUUCAGCCUCAACAAUGCAGACCCACGCCACCUCACCACUGCCUGCCUCCUCCAUGGGAGUCCAGGCCUCAGUUUCGGCCAUCAUCGCUUUGAGGCGUGCAGUACGCAGACACAGGGACCGCCGGGAACGCCAACGUCGCGUCCUAAAAAUGUCCCUAAUCAUCAUAUCCACCUUCCUGGGAUGCUGGGCCCCUCUGUCCUUGGUCAACGUUUUGAUCCUGUGUAUGGGUCCCAGCGACAGCCUGGUGCGGAUCCGCCUUUGCUUCCUAGCAAUGGCUUAUGGAACCACUAUCUUUCAUCCUCUGCUCUAUGCUUUCACCAGGCAGAAGCUUCGCCGCGCUCUCAAAACACGGGUCAAGAAGAGGGUGGUAUCCCUUCUGCAGGUGGACCCAGCUGUCAGCGGGGGGACAGUUAUUCAUAACUCAUGGGUGGAGGGGGGAGGCCAGAGGAAGAGUCGUAAACCACGGGUAGAGGCCAGUGAAGGCACUGAUCGAUGCCUCACCGAGGCAGUGAAGGAAUGAAGCUUCAGCAUGCACACGUGUGUUUGUGUGUGUGUGUGUGUGUGUGUGUGUGUGUGUGUGUGUGUGUGUGUGUGUGUGUGUGUGUGUGUGUGUGUGUGUGUGUGUGUGUGUGUGUGUGUGUGUGUGUGUGUGUGUGUGUGAAUGUAAAGAAUUGUGUGUCUCCACUUUGCUGGAGAUGGAUCUGGUGUCUAUUCAUGCACGGGUGAGAGAGAAAUAAGAUCCAGUUUGUUUACAAAGGUCAGGACAAAUCCCAUGACCCCUGUUUCCAUGCAGAUGUGGAGACAGGUAAGUCCUGAGCUCCAAUUAGAGGCAGCUUUCUGCUCUCAGCGACCCUCAUUAGUCCACUUCCUGACUGACAAGGUGGCCACCAUUUCUCCAUGGCAACGUUGGCCAAGAAUUAUGAAAAAAACCAUAACCAUAGCUACUCAAAAUUAUAGAUCACAGAAAACACACGCAUUAUUGCUCCUGCAGUUUCAACUUGCAUUUGCAUGAAUAUAUACACAGACACACACACAUAUACACGCUUCAUGCACACGGAUGUAUAGUCAGUCAUUAUCUGUGAAAGCACACCUAUAUCUACCUGCACAGAUAUUCUCAGAGAGAAAAUAUUGAUUCAAAUAUAUUUCUCAUUCGUUCCCUAUUUUUUCAUGCCUUAAUUGAGUUAUUAAGAUAUUCACCUGGUGCUGAAUGUCCUGCUGUAUGUUUACAACAAUGCAUCAGAGUGAAAGUGUUGGCACAUAUUGUAUUAGUCAAAUUAAUGGCAGGUAAAUGCAGGCAUUCAGAUACAAAGUUUACAGGCUCACACAAACAAAAUAAGAAAACUGCAAAAAAACUGACUGAAAUUAAAUUUUCCAAUAAGCAGCAUAUUUUAGAAGAAUGUGCACAAGUUAAGGCAUGUUUUUUUUUAUAUAUACUUUAAUGGUCUUGAUGGCUUAGUCAAGGAUAUUUGUGUGAUUGUGUCUGAAUGUUUACACGUGUGCUUGUAUGCUUGUGUGUUUGCGGUAAGGUGCGGGUGCAUAAAUAAACAAACGAGAGUGUACGUGUGUGUCUCUGAUUAUGUGCAAUAAAUCGUGAGCAAAGCAAUGACCCUGAGGAUGUGAACUAAGAGAAUGUGAACACAGAAUUGUUGGUUUUCUUGUUACGCUUUAGAUUGCAGAGAAGACGGAGGGUAAAUCCUCUGAUUAACAGUAGAGGGCCACUGGGCAGAACGGGAAAACAAAUUAUGUGGAGCAACUGUAACUAUGUGUAUAUGACGGGCCACUGUAAUAUUACUGAAAUUGUAUCACUUCAGCUUUUAAGUGGGAAUCAAAGGGCAAUAUUUUGUGAAAAACAUCAUUACAACUUCUCACUGUAGUCACUGCAGGUGAACUAGCAGAGGAAUCCAAUCAUGGAGAAACAACCACUGACAGGGGACGUCCCCUCGUGCCGAGUCCUGGACAUGUUACACUACAUCUGUAUCUGUCUCUCUCCUCAGGGCUUCAUGUCUCAUUUCCAGACAUGAUGGACAUAAAACACAAAACCAGUCCUCAAAAAGCUGUUGUGUUAUGGUUGUUACAGUAGGUAAAAGAUUUAUGUCAGUUUGUAGAUAGAGUACACAUUCAACUUUGUACGGGCUUGGAAAGCUCCAAUGGGGCUUUUGGGCUAUCUCCUCCCUCAUCCUCACCCCUUUUACACUAUGAGCCGGACUGAAGACAGUAAAUCUUGUGUAUUCAUGUACAGUUUUCAGGGAUGUAAAUAUUGAAGUGUCUGUUUUGGGUUUUAGAAUUUAAAUUAAAAUUUUCUGUAUCACAAUCAUCUGCCGGACAGAAAAUCAGCCAUUGUGAUAAACUCUUGAGUGAGUUGGAAAGUUACUGUAAAGAAAAGAUUCAUGUAAUUGUAUUUGUGUUAAUACUGUAUGUGUGUACACUGUACUGUACAUUUAUGACCAUGUGUAUAGAGACCUAUUAGUAUUGUAUAAGAUUUAUAUUAUGUGUUAUUGUAUAGGACAGAACCAAAUCUGUAUUAAAAAUAUAAGAAUUGGUCUA